GCAUCCCACCCAUCCACGCACUACGGUGACGGCAAUGGCGACGGCGAUGGCAGCAGCAGCAGCACCGAGUGAGGAAACCGACAAGCAUAUUCUUCAGGAGCUUGGUGCUUCCUGUAUGAAGCUGGGACAGUUGGCACUUGAUAAUUUCCAUGUAGCACCAACUGUUGGACCAGAAAACGCUGCUCUAACAGACUCCGUUCUGCAUCUUCUGUGGUUAAAGGAUCAAGUAAGCCAACAAACGGUGGAACUCCAGGCUGGUGUGAAAGCUUGUGUUGAAACUAAUACAGAGGCUGUGUCAGAAGAAAACCUGAAAGAAACAAUUCAAGCGAUCGAACGGGAAUUAGAAGAUGUUACAGUCUCUUUCCAGCAGAAAAACAUGUCUCUCCAUAGGCUUCAGUACACAAAUGCUCUUCGAGAAGCAGCACAAAUGAAUGAUAAAGAUGGGAAGUUGAUAAUGGAAACAGUCAAGCACUCUUUAGAUCUUUGUUCUGAGAUUAUAGCAACCCAGAAGGAAGUUCACACUUUGGAAAAUGCAGUGUUUGAAGUACAAAAGCAGAGACUAUCACUAAAACAAAAAAUGCAGGGUGUAUUAAAGGACAUGGAAGCUGAAAAGAAGAAGCAGCAACAACUGUUACAGCAAUUAGAAAAUGAACUUCCAAAACGUGGAGAAAAGAACUUGCAAGAACACUUUAAAAUGGUGACAUUAAUUCAGAAGGUUUUGCAGGGUGUUAUUCUUGCCAGUGGAGUGAACUGGGCCAAUGAUCCUGAGUUGAAGGAAAUAGUUUUGCAACUGGAGAAUAAUCCACUUGAAGAAACUGAUUCAAUCCACUCAUGAAGAGACAAAGUGCUGGAGUAACUCAGCGAAUCGGACAGCGUCUGUGGAGAACAUGGAUAGGUUUUGCUGAAACAUCACCUAUCCAUGUUCAGUUUUGAUCGCCUGAUAUGGUGAUCCAAAUCCCACUGACAUCCCCUGCACCUGCAGUCCCCACCCAGUUGCAGUCCCUUCCCUGGGCCCUUAUAUAGCUGGUCUGGAUGAGCUGAGGCAUUGUCUCUGACCCAGUAUAACGGUCUAGUGAGGCUGGAGCCUUUGUAUGCCACAGUGAUGAGGCGCUGAUACUCAAUGCCCGCAACAGCUAUCAAAGUUGGGAUUGGGGUAUAGGUUUACGAUUAAAAUACUCUUAAUAAUAUUUUUUUGAAUGUAUAUGGCAUUCAGAGUCAUUUAAAGGAUAUUGAAUUGAAUUUAAAGGAAUUGAAAUUGAAAUAAAACUGUAAAAUGAUUAUAUUUAAAACAAUGUUAACUAAAAACAAAUAUUGCACUUAUUUAGUUAUCUAAAAGUAACGUCCGCCACCCUUUUGUCCUGCAGUCCCAUUUGAAAUCAAUUUAAUCAAAACCAGAUCCAAAAUGUUAUUUUUCCCCAUGCUUCCCAUUCUGCCUGGCCCCUUCCCCUGCUCACCAAAUAUAAGUCUGAUAUACCAGCAGGUCUGGGCAGCACCACUGAUCUUAUUCCAGCUGAAGGGAUAACUGAUACCUUUUAGUCAUCCAAAAUCAGUCAGUAAAUUCUUGUUUGAUGCAGCAUGCAAGCGAGACUGAGAUUUCAGUAUUGCUUAAACUGAAUUCUGGCAGUGAAGUAGUCAGCAAAACCCCGAUGUGCAAAGUGAAUCCCCAAUUUGUUUUAAAUUAUCUUUAUAUAGUUGUCUUUUAGGUGAGAUUAUGUUGGUUAAAUUGUGGUGAAAUGUGAAUUGUUUCUUAGCCUUCUGAUCAGUGGUUAAUAUAAAUUGGGAGGCAUUUAGAAUAUAUGGAAACAAAUCUCUGCAAGAUUAACUAAUUUGUUUGAUUAAAUAUUUAAUGUUGCUGUUGUAGUGUAAUUUUUUCUCUUGCAAAUAUUUUCUUUCUCAAUUAAUAUUUAAUAUCCUAAUUUUUAAAACAUGCCCCAUUAUCAUGGGUUAAACUGUUUCAAAAUGUAAAUCAGCCGUAAGUGCAAAUGACAACAUCGUAUGUGUAAUUUAAUCCUUCAGUAUAAAACCUGAAGUCACAUAGAAAUUCGAUAUAUUUUAGCAGAAAUGUUUAAGAAAGAAUUGCAGAAGCUGGAAAAAUCGAAGGUUGACAAAAAAUGCUGGAGAAACUCAGCGGGUGAGGCAGCAUCUAUGGAGCGAAGGAAAUAGGUG